AUGGAGGUCUAUGUUGAUGAUAUGAUAGAAAAAAGUGCUGAAGAGGACCAGCAUAUUGCCGACUUGGAAGAAGUAUUUGGAGAGCUUAGGAAGCAUCAGAUGAAACUCAAUCCAAACAAAUGUACCUUUGGGGUGAUCUCGGAUAAAUUUUUUGACUUUCUUAUUAAUCAAAAGGCGAUAGAAGCAAAUUUCGAGAAGAUUCGAGCACUGUUGGAGAUAAACUAUCCGACUGCUAUCAGAGAAAUUCAGCAGCUUAUGGGGCAGCUUGUUAUCAGUCAGGUACAGAGUCAAUUUGAAGCUAAAAACUCCACAAUAGCUCGCUACCUGCAGAAUGUAAAGGAAUUAUCUAAAGGCUUUGAGGAGUUUGAAGUACUUCAAAUUUUGAGAUCAGAAAAUGCUCGGGCUGAUACUCUAUCACAUCUCACCAUGUCGGAUUUUUUUCGAGCUGAAUCAGAAGGUACUUAUCGAAUAGCUGAAUAG